AUGAAUGACCUAUUCUCAAGUUCCUUCAAGAAAUACACUGAUGUGGCGCCGCAGAGCGACUACAUGAACGAUGUGGAGGCCGGAAAGGAAAGUAUCAAUCUGGACAAGUUCUUCGAAGAUGUGGAGAAUGUGAAGGAAGAAAUGAGAACCAUCGAGAAGCUGUACAGAAAGCUGCAAGAGGCGAAUGAAGAGAGCAAGAUUGUCCACAAUGCUCAGACCAUGAAGGAUCUUCGCGCGAGAAUGGACCAAGACGUGUCUCAGGUGCUGAAACGUGUGAAGAUGAUCAAGGGUAAGCUGGAGGCUCUAGAAAGGUCCAACGCAGAAAACAGAAAGCUUCCGGGGUGUGGUCCAGGGUCCUCAGCGGACAGGACAAGGUCUUCGGUUGUUAGUGGCUUGGGGAAGAAGUUAAAGGACUUGAUGGAUGACUUUCAAGGAUUGAGGGCCAGGAUGCAAUCGGAGUACAAGGAGACAGUGGAGCGCAGGUAUUUCACAAUCACUGGGGAGAAGGCAGAUGAAGACACCAUUGAGAAUUUGAUCUCCAGCGGCGAGAGUGAGAGUUUCCUCCAGAAAGCAAUUCAAGAACAGGGGAGGGGUCAGAUUAUGGACACCAUUUCUGAAAUUCAGGAGAGACAUGAUGCUGUGAAGGAGAUAGAGAAGAACCUUCUUGAGCUUCACCAGGUGUUCCUCGACAUGGCAGCUUUGGUGGAGUCUCAGGGCCAACAGCUCAACAACAUAGAGAGCCAUGUUGCUCAUGCCAGUUCCUUCGUUCGCCGCGGCACCGAGCAGCUUCAGGAAGCUAGAGAUAUUCAAAAGGACUCCAGGAAGUGGUACUGCUAUGCCGUCCUCCUCGUCAUUGUCCUCAUCAUUGUCCUCCUCUUCCCUAUAUUGAUAAACAUAGCGCCUCACUUGUUUUGA